AAAUACAUAUUUAAAUUAAUAAGUAAAUAUGAAAUUUUUCAAUAUUGGGUUGAAAAUUUAAAAGAAAAUUGUAAAAUGGAAUGGGGCUUAGGUACUAUUGGUCGGAGCAUUAUUUAUAGUGGUUUGCAAUACAUAAAAGGAAAACUCAAAGUGAUCAACCUGAUAAUCAAUGUUUAAAUUUAACUUUUAAUAAACAUUGAAAAUGAAUGGACAUUUUCGGCGACGGGAGUCAUCCCUUUGUAUGACAGAUGAAAUAAAACAUCCUAUGAUGGUAGGCGAUGAACGACUUGCUUUUUGGGCACAUUGUCAUAAUUACCAACUGGGUGACAAAAUAGGCGAAGGAUCAUUUGGAAAAGUAUUUAAAGCCUUACAUAUUAAAAGUAACAUGGUAGUUGCCUUCAAAUUUAUUUUCAAGCUUGAUGAAUUGAAAACAUUGCAACAAGAAGUUGAAAUCCAACAGAAAUUACACCAUCCAAACAUUGUAAGAAUGCUUGAAUCAUUUGGAAAUGAACAUGGGAUUGCUUUAGUAAUGGAAUUUGUGCCUAGGUCACUUAAAGAAAUUAUAGAAACUGAAGGUAUAUUAAAUGAACAAAGAACACAGGCAAUUAUAUGUCAACUUGUAUCAGCAUUACAUUAUUUACACCGAAAAAGUAUUUUACAUAGGGAUUUAAAACCACCAAAUAUUUUAUUGGAUCAUAAUGAUGUUGUAAAAUUAUGUGAUUUUGGAUUAGCCCGUUUUAUGUUAACUGGUACGCAAGUAUUAACACAAGCAUCACUCAAAGGAACACCUCUUUAUAUGGCUCCUGAAGUGAUAAAUUCCCCUGUUAUACCUCCAACAUACAAUCAUAAUGCAGAUUUAUGGUCAUUGGGAUGUAUAGCUUAUCAUUUAUUAUGUGGAAAACCACCAUUUGAUACUAAAUGUUUAAUGCAUUUAAUACAAAUGAUGAAAGAUCAGCCAAUUGUUUGGCCGAAUACUGUAUCACCUGUUUGUCGAAAUUUUUUAGAACAAUUGUUACAAAAAAAUCCAUUACAAAGGUUAACAUGGCCUGGUCUAUUAGAUCAUGAAUUUGUAAAAAACAGAGUAUUCACAAUAGAUGAGAAUCAAGAUUUUGACGAAUUGUCAGAAUUAGAUGAUAUAGUAUAUCCCUUAAAUUCAAUGAAGAUAAAUGAGGAAGAAACUACCUCCGAUUCUUCUACCAGUCAUGAAUUAACAUCUAUAGAUGACACUACUGAAGAAGAAGAUUUGCGCUCGAGUCAGUCUAGUUGGUGUUCUGAAACUUGUCAAGAAUUAGAUGUAUGUUCUGUUAAGACUAAUUCCACAAGCAAUAAUACUAAUACUAAUGAAUAUAUGAGUGAAGAAUGGAUUGUAUUUCUACGACAAAGUGCAUCUGAAGUUGUAUCUGGAAAUUUAACAUCUAUGAGUCAAAAAAGUUUUGUAUUAGUUAUAUUGUCUUCUUUAAAAAGUAUGACUGUGUCUUCCAAAUUAUUACAUUAUGUUGUUACUCUUCUAUCAAUACCUUUUGUUACUCCAAAUAUUCAACAAACUGAGAAAGACUUAAUUACCCAUGUUUAUGUUGAGACCAAGGUCAUUCCAUGUUUGAUGCAAGCAUUUUCUAAUGUUUUCAAAUCACCAGCUCGUAACUGUGUAUCACCUGCACCACCUGAUAAUUCUGGUUUACAAGAGUUAGGCUGUUUAGAAUCUGUACUUCUUUUAGUUGAAGGCUUAUCAUUAGAUAAACCUAUGGAGUGUCUUAAACAAUUUUCCGAUAGUAUUGUUUAUUUGAAAAUUGUUCCACUUUUACAAAAGUGUUUGUCACUUAGUCAUGGAAAUACACAUUUGGUGACUAAUACACUUGCAGUAUUAAUAUUAACUUUAAUAUAUUUACCACGCAAUAUAAAUUUAGUACAAGACAUAGUUAUUGGAAAACAUUUAGAAAGUAGAAUUUCUAAUGUGGAGCUUCAUAAAUUGCUCAGAAACAGUGAAAAUGCUACAGUUAGAGAAAGAACGUGUGUUCUUUUAUUGCACAUGACCAGACUGAGUCCACACAGUCUUUUAAAUGUUUGGCAUCAAACCCUUACCAACGACAUUGAAUUUUUAAAAGAUGAUCCAUGCCCGAAUGUUGUCCAGGCUGCAAUCUAUACAUCUGAAUUGCUGAAAAAAACUCAAUUCUAUAAAGUGGAAACAGAAUCACGAGAGUAAAUAUUUAUGUGGAGUGUACAUUUAUAAUAAAUUCAGUCCAUGAAUUUUAAAUCUGAAGUAUUCUGAAACAUUAUAUUGUUUUAUAUUUAUUUUUUUAUAAAAUCAAAAACUAAAAUUUAAGCAAGGAUUAUCCUUUGAUUAUAAUCGUUUUGAUUGAAAAUUAUGUCUUUAUUUUAAUACUAAAAAAUAUGAUGAAAAUUCAAUACACCAAAAAGUCAUAAUUAUUGCAUGUAUCAUAUAAUUUUAUAUACUCCCAAAGUCAACAACAAGAUAAUAUAGAUAUAAGAUGUAUGAUGUAAAUUAUAUAAUUAUGGUAACAAAUAACAAUAAUACAGUUUUGCUCACCAAAUAAUAAUAGAUAUAUGAAGUAAACACUUCUUAAAGAUAAGAAUUGUUUUUCAAAUGUUGUACGAACAUACUCAAAAGAAUUUAUAAUACAAAUAAAUAAAAUAAAAUCUA